UUGAGAGCUGCUUUCAAAAGUUUUUGAAAAAUAUUUAACGCUGUUUACACAUUGUAUGAGAAUUUAAUUUACUAACACUGAGUGACCACCACAAUGGCCACCAGCAAUUCCUCGAUGACCGAAGCCUCGCCAAACAACGGGACUUACGACGACUACAGCGCCGAAGAUGGCUAUUACGAUAUCAUGAGUGUCGUUCUCUUCAUCAACAAGUACUACUUGUGGAUUAUAUUGUUCAUCGGUCUCCCCGGAAACUUCUCGACCAUUAUCACAAUCUCACGCAUGCGCAGACUGGGUUCUUUUACUAUGUACGUUGUACUUUUAGCCGUCAUGGAUAAUUUGGCUAUUAUACUCAAAAUCACCGUUUACCAGCUGCUAAAUAAUAAAAACGAGGUGGGGACUGGAGGAUGUCGAUCGCUGCUGUUUUUCGCGACGUUUUUUACCUCCUACGCCAAUUGGAUUUUAGUUAUGAUGGCGGUAGAGCGCCUGGUCGCUGUCAGGUAUCCUCUGAAGAUACAAAAAUACCUGGGUUACAGAAGAUCUGUUCUGUGGAACAUCACUAUCGGAUUUAUCCUGGCGGCGAUGUACAUUCCGAUACUGUGGAUGGCGUACUACGACGAACAGUCAAUUAGCUGUAACGUACACACGGAACCAUCCGAACUGGCGUCGUAUCUCCACUGGACAAAUAUCUCGCUGUUCGCUUUCAUUCCGUUCAUCUGUCUCGCUUUGUUCAACGUUCUAAUCCUGCGAGUCAUCCGUCAGUCAUUCAAGCUGAGAAACGCCCUGAGAAACGUCAACAGCUCUUCCUCCCCGCGGAGAUCCACCAGUACAGACAACUCCACCCAGCGGCAGAUCAUGCUCAUGCUCUUCACCUCCACCCUCGUUUUUGUCAUUUUCAUCUUCCCAGCGUGUGCCUUAACAGUCUCCCAGACAUACUGGCCCGUAACGGUACUCACCCGAGGUUACGCCAUCAAGUACCUCUUCAGUCAGGUCUCCUACGUACUGGCUGACUCCACGCAUGCGCUAAACUUUUACCUCUACUUCCUGAGUGCGCGGAAGUUUAGGAGACAGUUUAUCCGGAUGUGGACGUGUAAACACGCACGGCCUGAACAGUCCACGUUUGCUCUCAAGUUUCGAAGUCGCUUCCACCGGAUGUCCCUCUUCACAUCCACCACCACGCGACCAACUGCACUCUAACUGACCCACACCUCUCAGUGGAUAGGUGGACUCACCAUGACUCAUUCAGUUACUGCAUUGGAGAUAAUCGACUAAUCCCCCAGCUGUGAUCAAUAAUCCUUCAACUCCGAUCGAUAAUGUUCAGUAUUGAUCAAUUAUUCUUGAACCGUGAUCGAAUAAUCACCCAACUGUAUUUCCUCUCGACGAAGGUGAGGUAUUACCUAAACAAUGACGCUGUUGGUGCUAGAAAAAAGGCACUAGGUUUUUACCCAUUGUCUCAUGCACGAAGCCACAGGACAACACUUGCAGCUAUUUUUUUGUUUAUUGAUCAACGAGUCUCGUUCAUAGACGGUCUGUCUACUAGUUGAUGCUAGAUAUAAGACUUAGAACUGUCGCAUUUUAAAGACUUGAAAUUUUAAACAGCAGCAAUCUAUUCCUACCUGAAGGAAAACAAUACUCCUUUUUAAAACUUAUACUCAA